AUGAAUCUCAUCAGUGGCAAGGAGGAUGCUGCCAGCAACUAUGCCCGCGCCUACUUUGCUCAGGCGCACAUUCACCUGCCCAAUAUAAGCGAACGACUGCGUGUCCUCAUAGAGCAGUGCGACGCCCUGACCUGCUUCCAACUCAUCUACUCUGCCAAUGGGGGCACGGGAUCGGGACUGACCGCUGCCAUCUGCGACGAGCUCUCCGAUCUGUACACCAAGAAGUUCAAGUUUGCCACCUCUGUCUACCCCUCGCCCACCUACAGUGAAAUCACGGUUGAACCCUACAACGCCCUCCUACACACGGCCACCACGGUCGAUCUGUGCGAUUGCGUCGUCCUGGCUGACAACGAGGCUGUGCAUCGAGCCAUCAGCCACAAUCUGGGUGAAGAGAGCACCGGUUUCAGUCUACCCAAUCGCAUACUUGCGCGCCUGAUUAAUGCUCAAUUCCUCUGCCAUCGAUACCAUUUCAUGGGUCAACAGCGAGUCGAUGUGACAGAUCUCCUCACCAACCUGGUGCCCUUUCCACGAGUGCACUUUCCCAUCAUGGCCUUCGCGCCAUUUGUGCGAAGAGAGGCCCUGGAUCUGGACAACUUCACCGCUACGCAACUGCUGUCUCAAGUCUGCACUGGUAAAUGUCAUCUCUCCAGCAUAAACACCUCGAACCAGGCCUACAUCUCCUGCGCCGUGCUCUUCCGUGGCGCCGUUGCUCCCUCGGAUGUCGUGGAGGCCGUCAAAGCGGCCAAAGUCGCGGCCAAGACGCGCUUCGUGGACUGGUGCCCUACCGGCUUCAAAGUGGGCGUGAACCGUACCCCGCCCAUCAGCCUGCCCGAGGACAGCCCCCUAAAGGUGAAUGAACGCAGUCUGGCCAUGAUCGCCGGCAAUGUGGGCAUCCGGGACGCCUGGUAUACCACGCGCCGUCACUUUGACCUCCUCUUCAACAAACGCGCCUUUGUACACUGGUUUGUCUCUGAGGGCAUGGAGGAGGGAGAGUUUAUUGAGGCAGCGGAUGUCAUCAGCAGUAUCAUCCAAGACUACGAGGAUGUGAGCAGGGAGUUGAAGGCUGGAAGUGCUGAAAACUCUGAUGACCUCACGACUACAGCCAAUCACGCCGCGACACCGGCAGCAGCGGUCGUUGCUGUACCACCGACGCCAGCGCCCAUAACCAGGCGGGUGGGGAAGCGGGGUCUGACCAAUAGGUCGCAUAAAUCCUCCGCUCUUACCAAAAACUACCUCCUGACGCCUACCAGUGCGGUGGGAGCCAGGGGAGAGGGGAUGCAGCAUCACCAGAGUCAGUACUGUGGGUCAACUCUGCCGCUCACCUCGUUAUCCCCUUCCAAUGACUGCAGACUGAACUCUUCCUACAUCAGUGGUCGAGCCAGUCCAAUGGAGGGGUCGCCGCCCUGUUUUAACGCUUCAGCACAAGCCUCUGCGACCCUGAGAUACGGUGAGGUUCGGGCUACGGCUUACUCCAGCGUCUUGCAACAUGUCCAGGACUUGUCAGAUUGGACAGAAUGCGACAAGCAGAGCAUUUUGGAGGAGCUGUUGACGCGACAGACACGACAGCCAUCUUCGAGGAGUUGCCACUUAAGUCGCCGUCAACAGGCACCAGAAGUCUACCUGCCUUUGGUGAGUCACCCGCUGGUGAGCCGAGCUGAGGAGACGGCGCCUGACCGAAACUCGCCCUCGUCCGCUGUCAGGGAUUGGUUCCUCCCAGGUGGGGAGCCGGGGACGGACCGGAUGGAGCAGUUACCACCACCAUCGAUGCCGGUGCCGACAACAUGGGCAAGAAAUUGGCAACUGCCCAUGGACACCAACUGUUCGGCUGCCAUGCGGGUCGCUCCUCGACACGCCCGCAAGACCGCAUCCACAACCACCACCACUAACAAUAGCGGGGGUUCCUUCACACGGGUUCGCUUCUAUUCGCCUGUCGCUGCGACGGCAACAAAUAACAGCGCUCCUACUAAGCGGCCCAGAGCCAAGCCCCGGAGAAAAGGGCCGGUGGGUCCCCGCUGCCCCUCUGUCAGUUUCGUCGAAAUGACUGCUGACGAGGACAUUCAUUGUAGCGUCAAUGGUGACGAAAGUAGCUGUCGGUCGAGCACCUCGGAUAACGAGAUUCCAUCGGGUAUUCUUUCGAGGACAAGUACCUGCAGCAUCUGGAAUACCCCACGGUCCAUCCACGGUGAAAACUACUCAAAUACCUUCCGCACCAUAACACCCCUAUCUGGCGAGGUGACCAGUUAUACUGGCAGUGUAGAUGACGUCUCCUGCACACUGGCGUAUGCCUCCUCCUCUUCCUCCUCCUGGUUCUCAGAUAGUGGCGGGUUUCUGGAGAAUAGCUGCACUGUUGAGGCUGACGAUGAUGAUGAUGACAAGCACAGACUGAAUGCUCCAAAGCUCAUGUUCAACACCACAACCCCUCGUUUUCAGGUGACCAACAGUAGCGUGCCUGAGGCUUGCGGCCGAGGAGGCAAAGAGGAUGCGACCUACGGGACCCUCGAUAAACAAUUUCAAAGACAGUCCUUUUCGAAUACCUCUGAUUCCACCUACCACCGAUCUAGUCUUUCAGCCCACAUCAGUGUCCACGAAAUUUCCCAUCUCCUUCCUUCCUCCAGCGAAUGA